AUGUCGAAAGAUAAUACUAAUUUGCGACUACUAGGCUCGCCCGUAAAUCUAUCGUACAGAAGUAAGAAAAAAGAGGAAAAGAAGAAUAUUCGCAACAGGCCCCGGUCGGCAUUGCAAAAUUCAUAUUUUACGCCGGAUUAUCAAGAGAGAUUCCGAAGGCCAUUCUCCGCCGACACGAAAGAACGAGGGUCUGCACCUCGCCCGUUUUUCAAAGCAUACAGUGCUGAAUUAAUAAAUCAGUAUAGUUACCCUAUUACUACAAUAAAAGUAGUGGCACCCACAGCUGAACUGUUAGGCAACACUAAAUCUGACAAUGCCUCUGUGAAAAAGGAUAAGGAAGUUUGUAGUAAUGCUUCUGACUAUGGCUCUGAAGAUACUUUUAUCAGUCUAGGUACUAAAAUAAAGGCCAGGGCCCAAUUAGGAGCUGGAUUCAGAGCAAAGCCACAAAGGCAAAACAAAAACGCGUUAAAAUACAGGAAUAUAGCUAAGAAAGGCAAACGAUCUAUGGAUGAUCCAGGUGAAGAGAAAAAUAAUGAAUAUGAAAUGGAAAUAAAAAUUACUGAACGACCACAAAGCGUGUCUCCAACAAGAAAUAUACUAAGUGCAAGAUGUCUAUCGCCAUCAUUUAAAAAAGCUUAUGAAUCUUAUUUCCUUCCACUUGAUACUGAAAAGAAAAUAAUAGAUGAAGGAGCACUCGCUGGUCGUGUGUCAUUUGGUUCAUCCAGCAUACAGGCUGAAGUAGAACAAGCCAUUGAUACUUAUUCCCGGCGUUUAACAUCAACCAAACAACAAUUGUCUUUAGUAGAAGAAGAAUCCACUCAAGAUGUUGAUGCAACUUCACAGCAUAUGUCUAGUUUAUCUCCAGAGAUUUCUCUAGAAGGUCUGAAAAAAGAUGAUAAUAAUGAUGGAGAUUUAACAGGCAGAAACACUUACAUUGUUGAUAGAAAAGAUGAUUCUAAUACACAGAAUUUUGUGAAUGAAUCACGAACAUAUACUAGUUUCUAUGAUGAUUUCUGUGCAACUUCCGGUAAUAAUCGCACAAGAAAGUUGUCUAGUACAGCAAUACACACUGAUACUUCUUCUAAAGACUCUGGUUACCCUGAUAGUGGAGCUAAUGAUGAUAAAGCUUAUACACAUAAUUUCUCUUUACCAAACACUAUGUCGAAAAAAUCUAAAUCGCAUCCUAAAAUUGAAGCUCAACCAAAAAGCUUGGACAAUACUUCGAACAUAAGUAGCAACCAAGAUUAUCACAAAACCUUUCCUGGAGACAGAAAAAGCCAAUGGGUCGAACCUCUUAACCACAGUCGAUUACUAUACAAAGAUUUCUUUUUACAAAAAGAAGGUCACAUUGCUUUACCGCCGCGCAAUUCUGCAGUAAAUCUUCAAAAUAUUCCGAACGAAGUUAAUGCUGAGACAAAAACUGAAGAAGUAAAUGAUAAUGUUGAUUAUCCAUCAUAUUUGCUGAACAGCACUACGAAAGCUUACACUUGUAAAGUAAUUGAAGACUACAAAAAAGAACUAGAAGCAAUAAACAAUUUACAUGAACUUACCCUUAAAGAUAUUAGAACUGACACUAUAUCUCCAACUCCAUACAAUAUUGAUAAAAUGUUUGAUGAUCAUUCUGGAACUUUUGAAGACAAAAGAGAUUCCAGUGAUUCACAGGCUAGUUCAGUAAAAAGUAAAUCUGAUAAAAACAAAAACACUUUAACCCCUGAUAGGGAUAUCUCCAAAGUGUCAACUAAAGAACUUAUACAAAACUAUUUGAAGGUAAAAGAAGGAGAUUUUUCCAAAGAUUUUAUACCAAGGAGUGUCAAAAAGUUUGACAAGGCAGUGAGUAGUGUUAAUGGUAAGGUUGAUUCUUGUAAACAAGAUUGGAAUAAUAAGAAUUUUAAAUCGAAUAUUCCAGCUCCGAAACAUGUAAAUAUUCGGAAUCAAACACAAAAGAAUUUGUUUACUAUGCGAACUCCAGUAAGUGCUCGGCAUGAAAAUGUUGUACAAGGUGACAGAGAUGUCGAUUCUUGGAUGUCACUUUCUGCUCCGUCGCCAAGAAUUCUUGAAUUAGACGAUAAUGAUCAUAUGGAAUUUGAAAAAACCGAACCUGCAAAAUCCGAACUUGCAAAACUCGAAACUGCAUUAGUUAAAGUCGAAACACCAAGCACUAGAAAAGGGCCCGAAGAACUACACAACGAAAAGUCUGGUCUGUCGAAGACGUUAUCACCCUACUCCGCAAGCACGGCAAAUGAAAAUGACUCAAAACCCAAAGAACUAGACCCGAACUCCACUGUUCUUGAUAUUUAUUCUAUGUUGAAGGAAAUAGAGAGUUUUGGUGAAAACCCUGUGACUUCGGUAACUAAUUUAAUUAUGCCAGAGUCACCUGAAACGAAGAAAGAAAAAGAAACCAACUCUCCUAAAGAUCAUUUCAUGGAGAUAUUUGACUUUUUGGAGAAAGUUGAGCAGAGCGCGAAUGAUGCUUUAUCGGUUGUUACGACGAACAUCCCCCAAACUGUACCCAAAUUGGAGCAACUGCUAAAGCUGCCACAGACAGAGCUGGCCCAGCGGUUGGUCACAGCGUCACUACAACUGGAAGAGCGAUCUUGCUGCAUUGCCUUAUUGCAAGAGAGCCUUGCUAAUCAUAAAGAACAAAUGAUAAACAAAGUGAGCAAUCUAGAGAAGCAGUCGCAACGCAAUAUUAACAAGAUUAAACUCGAGUGCGAAGAAACAAUAAAACGACACCAAAAUUUCAUUGACCAGCUAAUAAACGACAAGAAAACGUUAAACCAUCGAAUAGAGCAGCUAGUGGACGAGCGUCGUACGCUAGAGGAGAGAUGGAAGCGAUCUGCACAGGCGCUCGAGGAGCGAUACAAACUCGAGUUACGCAACCAGCACGACAAGAUGGCCGCCGCACAACAGGUUGCUAGACAACGUUGGGUGCGACAAAAAGCUGAGAAAAUAAAGGAGUUGACUGUAAAGGGAUUAGAAGGUGAACUCCGCGAAAUGGCUGAGCGACAGCAUAAAGAAAUUUCCGAUUUGAAAAUGUACCACGCGGAGUACAUAGGGAAACUGCAAGCCAGACAUAUGGCGGAAAUGGAAGAGCUGAGACGGACUCUCGAGGAGGAGAAGGAGAGUGCUCUUGCUAAAGAGAGACAGGUUGCUAGCUCCAGAUUAGAAAAGCAAAUUUUGGAACUAGAGCUGACGUAUCAAGAGCAACGCACUCGUCUGGUGGCAGAAAUGCGAGCGGAGAACGACCGUCGGGCGGCUGAGCUUGUAGAGCGGGAACGGUCACAGAAAACAGAGUUCGAUGUUUGGAAAGAAGAACAAGAAAAGAUAUUACAACAAAGAAUAGCAGAGAUGGAACAGGAGCUUGCCAAAGAGAAGAGCAAAGUUGAUGAACUAAUGGAACAAAAACAAAAAGAUCUCGAGCAGAAAUUCGAACAAUACAAGAAAGACUUCGAAGCGGAGCAGCAGCUGAUAAUGAAGAAGAAAGUGGCGGAGAUAACCACGCAGCACAAAUUGGAACGGGACAAGGAGAUCGAGAAGGCCAUCGAAAGCAUGGAAGCCGAAGCGCAGGCGGGGAGGAAAGAGCUACAGGAAGCCUUGAAGCGAAACAAAGAGCAAUACGAGGCAGAGCUUAAAGAGCUGGCCGAAACCGAGCAAGCCACCCUACGACGCUAUCAAGAAGCACAGGCCCGAAUUAGGCAGACUGAAGACCGAUGUGCUGAAAUGGAAGUAAUGCUAACUCAACUUGAAACGCGGAAUAAAGUUUUGACGGAGAAAAAUAUUCAACUGGAAAAGCAAGCUGAAGAAACACGAACGCGAUGCGACGAGGCCUGGAAGCACAAGAUUGACGAUCUGAAGAGCGAGAUGGAGGAGCUGAAGAAGACACAUGAGGAACAGAUGCAUCAACUUUAUGCCAAGGUGAAAGUGGCAGUGGCUCGCAAGGACUCUGCCAUUCAGGCACUGACCAGAGAAGCUGCCAAGUACCAGGAAAAGAUCGUACUGCUGGAACAGAAGCUCCAACAACAGAGGAAAGAUUUUCUUAAACAUAAGUAGUCUGACAUAUUCUAGUGGUUGUAUUUGUACCAAUGUUCGAUGUGUGCGCUAUACCAGCGGACGUAGAGCUGGUAUGCAUUCGAUUUUUGUAAGCUAAGGCUUUGGUCUAAUGUCAUUAGCCAAGAAAU